AUGCCAGAUAACACAGAUACUAGAAACGCUAAACAUUCUCCUGCAGUAAAAGUAGGCGGGCGCCGACGUUCAGCAACAACAAAGCCUAAACCACAUUCAAAAAGUUACAGGCCCACAAUUACGUCAGAGAGCUCAGACAAUACCGUCAAUGACUAUCCCCGUCCUGUAGCUCAAACCGAGGAGCCUUCAAUGAAAAUGAAAAAGGAUAAACAGAAACAGGGUCUCAAGAGAAACAUGCAAUCGACUCGAAAAUAUCAGGCUGGUGGUAUCGCUCAGCCUUCGUCGGGGAAGCUGGUGUAGGCGUUAGUGCAGGGGAAAGCCACAGAGUCAUAAUGUACAACUUGAAUAACUGUAU